AUGUGGACAAGAGAAGCAAAAGGCGAAAAAGUGGAGGAGGGCAUAGAAUGGUCGAAUGCGAGACCGUCGAAAACGCACAUGGCUCUCGUCGAACUGGAAAAACGAGGACAUGUCCAAUGGCUCGUCUCCCAAAAUGUCGAUGGGCUUCAUGCACGCUCAGGAUUUCCUCUCAACAGAUUCGCAGAGCUUCAUGGAAAUGUAUUCGCUAUCCACUGCCCGAGCUGCAAGUACAGAGAGAUUCAAGACAACCCCGUCGAAUUUAUUGGACAAAAACCUAUCGGAAGAAUUUGUGGUCAAAUAAAUUCGCGCGGAUCUACCUGUCGUCGACAGUUAGUCGAUUCUGUUCUUGACUGGGAGCACGACCUUCCAGAGCCCUUCUUCUCAGACUCAUGGGCGCAAUCUGAAGCGGCAGAUCUCUCUAUCGUACUUGGAUCAUCGCUACAAAUUCAGCCGGCGAAUACAUUACCCACGCUUUCCAGAAAGAUGGUGAUCAUUAACUUGUCGAAUACAAAAAUGGACAGAAAGGCGCACCUAAUCAUCAAGUCCAAAUGCGAUUUCGCCAUAGAAAUACUCAUGCAAAAGCUGAAAAUAGACAUUCCGGAAUGGACAGGACCUACGAUCGUAAAAGAAUCUUCCCUCAAACUAGAACCACUGCCGAUCAAAGAAGCGAAGCCAAAAACAACUCGUCGAAAAAGAAAAACUAAAAGUGAACAAGACCCGGACUAUACUUCUCAUUCUGUACCUAAAGCACCCAAAAACGAAAUUCCUGAAAAUGAACUAUGA